AAGUCGCAGGCUGCGAGACAGGUACGAGUACUGUAUACAAAAAGAUGCAAACCACCGUUCCGGAGCCCGCGCCGGCGGCCCGCGCAAACUCCAACCCGGUAACGGCGUUGCCGUCUCCGACCGGUUCAGCGGUACCACCGUCCGACAGCGCCGGCCUUCCGGCAAGGCAAGCCGAACCCACGUCGGAUCCGCUGAAUGCGAGCUUUAUGAUACCAUAGUGCAAUCAAUGAUGUCCGCCCCCGAACGAGUUGGCAUUGCUUCUCCUGGAUUUUAUUAACACCCGACACCCGUUACAAAAAGGGUAGUCCUCUGAUGUACUACUCGCUGUGCAGACAAGCAUAUUUGCCAAUGUAUUUGGCAAAACUGGUUAUGAUGCGGAAUUUCCUUGCUGCGCCCAGCCAUUCUUGAAGAUUUUCGAUCCGGUACAGUUGUACGCCGGCUCCUCUAUACUUCUUGCCCACGCAAUUGAUUUUUGCGCAACUGCAAGGGGAAGCAACGCGAUGUGUCUCGGGAGCCGGAGGAAGAGGUUUUCCUUUUUCAUGCCGUAGCAAUGCGACCCACAGCAGUUCCACUACCGCCGGCUCGUCCGCGUCCGCCACGCGCUCGAUGGCGGCCGUGCAGCCGAAGACGCGCACGUUGAAGAAGGGCCGGUUUAUGCUCGACGGCAACCCGCAGCUGCUCAAGGACUUCAUCUUUGUACCCGACGGCUUUCCGACGCAGACGGCCGAGGCCGUGGAGCAGGUGCUGCAAACCCUGGGCAUCAAGAAGCCCCAGCUCGCGUUCUUCUUCGACAAGGGGCACUUCCUGUGUCCCGCGCACCUGCUGUGGCACGAGUUGGUCGAGGACUUGAACUACGGCAACACGCGCGGCCUACUCCAAAUGCUGCUGGACGACAUGAAGCGCGGGAAGGUGCAGGACCUGACCAGUGCGAGGAAGCUGAAGAACAAGCUGGAUCAACAUGGGAAUGCACCCGGUGGACGAGGUGGACAACCGCGGAGGAAUGUAUUUUCGCCGAGGAACAACGACUACCUAACAUCCGCUGCUGGCGUUACUGGAUAUAAUGAUCUUGACCCACAGCAACAAGCAGACAAAUCUUCCUUCACCUUCCAAAUGAACAAUGCCGUUGCCUCCUCCGUGUCCCCGCGCGUUGCCGGCAACCAGCCCUUCCUGGCCGCGGAAGUGUCGGGGCAGUUGUUCGCGGCUUCCGAGGUGUCGCACAAGAACCUCGCGGACUACGUGAAGCAGGAUCGCAGAAGAACACGGGAGCUCAGCGGGGACUUGAAGGGCAUGUACAACCACCACCGCGAGGGCCAGCACUUCGCGGAGGAUUUGAAGGCGAUUGGCGUCGACGCGGAGACCGUCGAGCAGCUGGCGAGCGAGGGCUUGUUGCCGGAGAAGGAGGAAGAGGGAGAUUUGGUCACGGGGUCGUCCCCGGCCGCUUCUCCCUCGUCGCCCACCGCGGCGGACGAUGACCGCAGGUUAGCGAGGCUACUGGCGUCGCCGACGGGUGACACCGCUCCGGCACAGCUGCCGCGCGCCGUCACCCGGCCCAUUCACGAAGUGGCUCCGCAGGUUGCGGAGGUUUCCGGCGUCGUGUUGCCGCCACCGCAGCAGGCCGAAUUGUCCGGGGUGAUUUCCGAUCCUCCCCCGCGUGUCGCCGAGCUAUCCAUGGUGAGUCCGCCACCGGCAAAACGAACAAAGCCUGUCGGCGCCGCUGCUUUCAAGCGCAAGAUGGCCUCGUUCGCUUCCGGCGAGCAGAGCCCAACGUCGCGAGGAAAAGUUCGCGAAGUAUCCGGCGACGGAGUAGAUGACAUGAUGGACCGUUGCCAGCAGCAGCGACGAGAGCCAGAUGUUACUAACCCGUUGCCGAACCAGCCAGUCACAAUACCGACCGCACCCAAGCCGCCGGCGUUCAACAGUUGGCAGCAAAACGAACCCGAGGUGAACGAGAUUUCAAUGAAGAAGCUGCCAACUAUCAUGGAAGAAAGGGACAGGCAAGCGGUUCCGGCGGCAGCCGAACCUGCGCGCGUCGAGGCGCUGAGCUUCGGCCCUACAGUUGCGCAACCCGCGCAUCAAGUGGAGGCGCUGAGUUUUGGCCCGCUCGGGCCCCCGAAGGUGGAGGCGCUGAGUUUCGGCCCAACCACCCUUCCUCCAAAGGUGGAGGCGCUGAGUUACGGUCCGAUUCCGAAGGCACACGGUGCCUUCCCCUCCGGACUCGCCUCCCCCAUGGACAUGAGCAACCAGGUGCAGGCCCUGAGCUUCGCUGCCCAACCCGCCUCGCCCUACGCUGCCGCGGACAGUCUACCAAACGCGGCGGCGCGCACGCCAGUUUAUUCCCCAACCGCGUACAAAGUUGGAGAUCUUUACGGCAACAAUUUCAACAAGCCCCCGCCCCUAGACCUCUACGAUGAGGAGGUGAAGCACCGGCUUUAUUUGGAGAGGGAAGCGCUAGAGGAGCGGGUUCGAACCAUCCUCACCGGCAUCAUAGAGGCUUGCGCGCAGACGAACUCCGUUUUUCUCCUAGGUCGUCCCUCCGGCGGGAACCGGUUGUCCGAGAUUCUGUGCGAGAAGCUGCGCCCCGGGUGCAACGCGCUGGGGUGUUACACCCUGGACGAGUGCACCACGAUCCCCUCCAUCGUGUCCCCCAACGUACAGUACAAGUGGCCUACGCAGCGCGAGAUCGAGAACAGCAUGUGGAAACACAACUUCCAGGACCCGGCGCGGACGAGGAUACCGCAAAAGGUGUUCGAAACGGCUUGCGUGGACGAACGGGAGGAGGUUUAUGCCGUCGAAAAAACGUACUACCCACUUUUCAUAUUCAUGCAGCAAGUACCAGGCGCGGCUCUCGCCCACAAGGGGCUUUUUGUAGUUUUCUGAUAAAUUCACUAAGCAGGAUCAGAUAGUGGAUUGGCGAUGUAGCAGCACCAGCUAAGCGCACUAGCUAAGCGCACUAGCUAAGCGCACUAGCUAAGCGCACUAGCUAAGCGCACUAGCUAAGCGUACUAGCUAAGCGUACGAGCUACGCGCACGAGCUACGCGCACGAGCUACGCGCACUAGCUAAGCGCACUAGCUACGCGCACUAGCUAAGCGCACUAGCUAAGCGCACUAGCUAAGCGCACUAGCUAAGCGCACUAACUAAGCGCACUAGCUAAGCGCACUAACUGAGCGCACUAGCUCAGCGCACUAGCAAUCUAUGUGUGACUUGUAUAGCGAGAGUCACAUGAUCGUGGCCACGUGGUAAGAACGUUUUUUCGCAGGAUGACGUAACCGAAGUAAUCAACAUCCAGUCCGGAUUGACGGAGUAUGAGAGUACUUGUGUCAAGGACGGCAAAACCAUGCUGACGUACGGCGGGUGCAUGAAAAACGUGACGCAUGUCUUGGUCUUCGCGACGGACCAGGUAUAUGAUGUUGCUGAGUAGAACAUGCACAAGGACAAACAAGGUGAUUUUUCACGAUCGCGUUAUCCCUUUGUAGAAUAUUGUCUGAAGUAGAGAAAAUAAAGUUGAAAUUAUCAAUCAGGCCCGCAAGAAAUUCUGCGAGCUUUUUCUCGAACUUUUCUCGGUCGGCUUGAUCGUGGCGGGCGGAACCGGUCCGAUCGCCAAACUCGGGCUGCGCUGCCUCCGCACGGGUUCUCCGCUUAUCCUAUGUAAAAACAUCCCCACCCCAGAGUCAAGAUGGGGAUUUUGCAACACAAACCUUGAAGUUUUGGAAACCACGCAUGACAAAUUGCAGGCUGUAGUGUAGUGCAGUUUAGCAAGGGAAGCCGCAUAACAAAUCGAUCUCCUUAUGCUGUUUACAGCAUUACAAGUUCCAAAACGCGAUUGAUAAUGCCCCUCAUGGGAUCGCGCAUUACAAACGCUCUCGUGCUUGCAGAUCUGCAUGACAACUCUGUGGUGGGGACGUUUUUACACGGGAUACCGCUGUUCAUUUUGGAAGGCACGGGCGGUCCGGCCGACGGGUUCGCGGAGCUCAUGCGGAUUUACGAAAUGUUCUUUUCCCCGGACGCACUGUACCCCCGCGCGAGUCUGAAGUGGAUCCACGAGGAGAUCGAGAACCGGUUGACCAAGCGGAACCCUCGGUACCACUUCACCUACCACCACUUUUGGACCUUCGCGCGGAACUUCGACGAAUCCUUCCGCCACAAUUCCGUCAUGGUGGUGAAUUUAUCCUUAGAUAACCCGCAGAUGAAGAUGCUCCCCGUCGAGCGGCUCCAGGACGAGAUCACGCAGGUGAUGUCGUCCGUGCACGAAAACUUGGGGGAGAUCGGCAAUCAAGAAUCCGAGACGCGGGCGAUCCAGCACGCGGCCGAUUUGUUUGGCGUAUUGCUCGACGCGGCGCGAAAUUUCCGGUUCGCGGCGACCAUUCUGAUGACCGUGAUCCGCGUGUUGAUUCUCGUCUCCACCACUCUAGCCUUGGCGCAAGUGUGGCUGGAAGCGGCGGAGGACCACCACCCGUUCUUCAUGCACAGCAGCGAUCCGGGGCAGGACCGCGCCUGGGCUAUUCUCUGGACCCGACGGUUAAACGUGGUACUUCCCUUACUGAUCUCCGUCCUCGUCACCUUCAGCGCGAGCUACCGGCCGCUGCAACGGUUCGUCACCGUUUUCGCCGCGGCGAAACGGAUCGAGGGGGAGAUUUGGCGGUACCGGGCGCGCGUCGGGGAGUACGUGCCCGUAUCGGUGACGGCGAUGAGUUUGAGGAAGAGGAAAUCCGCGCGGGAAAACUUCGCGUCCACCGUGGAGGAGAUCUGGACCAGCUGCGGGUCCGCGGAUUUACGCCUCGGACACUUCUCCCGGUUUUUACCGGAUAUCUUUUCCUCGGAUCGGAACGUGCGCUCCUCCGCGCGGGACGUGCAGGGGCUGCAGUCCUGGAGCAACAAUCGGUGGAGCCGGUCGAGGUCCUGUUUUACCGACGACGGAGAUGACCCGCAUAACUCCUUCGUCGAUCCGCAACGAAACACGAGAAGAAGCUUCGGCCGGUCAAAUAGCUGGGGAAUGAACAAGUUGGGAAAACUUGCCGGAGGCAAGGGCGCGCAAUAUCAAGACCGGUACGGAUACUCUGGUAAAAAUCUCGACCCACACGAUGAUUAUGGUGGAAGUAGGCGUGAAGCGUUUUACUUCGGAGAUGACCAGCACAGCGACCAUUCCGGCGACUCGCCUUACCACCACGGCAAAAACCAGGAAGUAAACAAGCGCAGUAAGUUUUACGGAAAAAUGAUGACGAACACACGACGCCGGGGCUCCACCGCCGAUUUUUUGCUCGAUGACAACAAGAAACCUGCCACCGGCCGGAGUAUCAGUUUGAAAUUUUUGGAGAUGGAUAAAGACGAUGAAAAUAGGUUGAACGCGCCAGUGGUGACGCGGAAGCGGGAAUUUUUAUCGUACAAGGCCUGGACGGAGAAGAACCGGGGCCGGGACAAACUUUUGACCGGUGGGGACAAAAACAGUCUCACCUGCUUAUCAAGGUGAAAAAUGCCCCUACCCCCGAACGUGGGAGCAUUUGUAUUGCAAACCUUUCCAAAUGAAACAUACGCCCUCUUGCAUCUUCAGCACCACAGAUUUCCAAUCGUGAAUAGCAAAACUUUGUAUUGCAAAAGACCCCAGCAAAAGUGGCGCUUGUCAUGCAAGCGAUGCGAUACACGCGUAGACUCUGCACCAGAAAGAUUCAUACUUCUUUCAUGCAUGACAAAAAGUUUGCAUCUGGGAACUUCGCAUCACAAGUUUUUACGACUUUGGGGGUGGUGGCAUUUUUCACUGUAAUACUGCUCCGCCGAAGUGUACGUCCGCGACCGGGUUUUGCCGCAGUUACGGGAGAACGAGCGCAUGACGCCGAAGCUGGCGAUAUGGAAUGCAAAUAUGUCUGGGUCAUCUGGAAGAAUGCACGUUUGUCAUGCAUGUCUGGCAUGACUCUUACAUCUGUGAUGCAUGAGCAGGAAAAGGGCCUCGUGCCUGUCAUGCAAAAGCGCAGUUUAUCAUGCGGAAAACGCAACACUGAGCAGCGCAGACCUUUCUCAUGCAAAGCUGUGCAUUACAGAGCAUUCACGAUUCCCAACCAAGUAUUACAAGUUUCCAGACCCAGACAUAUUUGCAAUGCAUAGGCGAGACAGCUGUACCAGUUGCAGUUCGCGAUCAUUGUUUUGAACGCGAGUAACGCCGCGUUGGUGGCAUUCGGGGCGGCGGUCUGGGUGCCGUUGUUACUCGCUCUCGCGUCUUUACUGGAGUACUCGGUAACGUACCAGGCGUUGGAAAUGCGGCUGCCGCACAUGAACGCCGCGACGAACACGUUGGUGAAGUUACUUCUCUGGUGGGACGGGCUGACGCGCAUCCAGCAGCGGAUGCCGGAGAGCAAGGAAUUUUUGGUCGAUUCGGCGGAAAAAGCGAUUUUGUUACAGCACGACGCGUUCGUCACCGGCGCGCUAGCGUCGCUCCGAGACGCGAUCGGGAAGAAGCAGAAUCAGAGCAACGACGCAACCGGGGCGGAAUUGGAGGGAAAUGGGAAUGGGCAGUGGAGAGGAAAUUCCUGUGUGCAAGUCGGGAAUAGCGGAGGGUUCAAAGGAGGGACGGGUGGGGAGUCGCUAAAUCGGAGCCAGCGGGCGCAUAGCAUGUAGAAUGCAUCUUCGAAGUAGAUGCGUCUUUUUAUUAAAAAUAUAAUUUUUGCGGUCGUUCAAUUUCUUGUUGUAAGGUUCUUGUUUCGAAUUUUGUAUCUCCAUCACGAAUGCUGCACUCGCUCCUACGCUUUGUACAAUCAUAGCUUUUAUUGUCAUGUCAUUACAUUGACAUUCCGAUCUUGCAUCGACACUAGCAGGAGAAUUGGGAAAUGGUCACGAACGUGCGCCAAAGCGUCACGCAGCCGGUUGCGCUGUAAUGCUUGUGUAUAUAGGACCGCAUACUUUUUUCCAUUUGAUGUCGUGGCGUUCAC